AGGCGCUGCUGGUACCGCGGAACUGCAAGCAUCGAUCGCCUCGCCGGCCUCAGUCCACGCCUGGUCUUCAAACCCAGAGCCUCAUUUUCCCCGGCACUGAGCUGCUCAGUCUCGGCCCCGCCCUUUGUGCGCUGGCGGUGGUUUCCUAGGGAACGACGCUGCGCGCCGACGGCGAUUGGACCGGGUCGCGCGUGCGUGGUGGCCUGUGUUGGUGGCGACCCCGCGGAGGGUGCCGAGGUUUGACUGCUACACAGAAUGGCCCAUUUCUCCAGCGACGAUGAGGUGAUGCUGCAGGCGAUGCUCCGGCAGCUGUUCCAGAGCGUGAAGGAGAAAAUCACUGGCGCUCCCUCCUUGGAGUGCGCAGAGGAGAUCCUCUUGCGGCUGGAGGAAACUGACGAAAAUUUCCACAACUAUGAAUUUGUAAAAUACCUUAGACAGCACAUAUGUAACACGCUGGGGUCUAUGAUCGAAGAAGAAAUGGAAAAAUGCACAUCUGAUCAUAACCAGGGUGAGGAAUCUGGUUAUGACACUGUUGUACAGCACGUCACCAAGAGAACGCAGGAGUCUAAGGAGUAUAAGGAAAUGAUGCAUUCCCUGAAGAACAUCAUGAUGGUGGUGGUAGAGGCCAUGAUCAACAAGUUUGAGGAAGAUGAGACCCGGAGUCAGGACAGGCAGCGGCUACUGCAGAAGGAGGAGCGUGGCAGCUGCUGCACGGACAAUUGUUCUGACAGUGACUCCUCCUUCAAUCAGAGUUACAAAUUCUGCCAAGGAAAACUACAGCUGAUUUUAGAUCAGUUGGAUCCUGGGCAACCGAAAGAGGUGAGAUACGAAGCUUUACAGACGCUGUGCUCAGCUCCUCCAUCCGAUGUCCUGAACUGUGAAAACUGGACCACUCUCUGUGAAAAACUCACCACUUCUCUGUCCGAUCCAGAUCCUGCGUUCACUGACCGGAUUUUAAAGUUCUAUGCACAGACUUUUACACUCUCACCGUUACACAUGACCAAGGAAAUUUAUACACGCUUAGCUAAAUAUCUGGAGUUAUACUUUCUUUCUAGAGAAAAUCACAUUCCUACUCUUUCAAGUGGAGUAGACAUAAGCAGUCCCAAUGUGACCCGCUUACUGAAAAAGGUUCGCCUUCUGAAUGAGUAUCAGAAAGAAGCUCCAUCCUUUUGGAUUCGACACCCAGAGAAGUAUAUGGAGGAAAUUGUGGAGAGCACUUUGUCCCUGUUAUCGGUAAAACAUGAUCAAAGCCAUCUUGUCUCACAGAAGAUUUUGGAUCCCAUCUAUUUUCUCGCAUUAGUUGAUACUAAAGCUGUGUGGUUCAAAAAAUGGAUGCAUGCGUAUUACAGCAGAACUGUAGUACUAAGACUACUUGAAAAGAAAUAUAAAUCUCUGAUAACUACAGCAGUUCAGCAGUGUGUUCAGUACUUGGAAUUGUGUGAGACUAUGAGAACUGAUGACAUUUUGGGACAUUCAAAGCAUUGUGGAGACAAGCAAAAAAGUUUCUUCUACUCAGGACAAGAGCUGCAGUAUAUUUAUUUCAUUCACUCGCUGUGCCUUUUAGGAAGAUUGUUGAUAUAUACACAAGGCAGAAAACUAUUUCCCAUAAAGCUGAAGAAUAGAAAAGAUUCAGUGUCUCUCAAAAAUCUGCUGGUUUUGUUUACUCAACUCAUCUAUUAUUCACCAAGUUGUCCAAAGAUGACAUCAGUUGCUUAUUCAGAGAACUACUCUCCGGCAAGUAUGGUGACUGACGUCCUGCAGAUCCUCUGCGACCAGAAAGAAUGUGCCGUGGAGUGCUUGUACAACAGCACUGUGACAGAGACACUUCUCCAGCCCAUUCAUAACCUGAUGAAAGGAACCGCGGCCGCUCCGGAUUUCUCUGAAACAGCUUUAAUUCACAUAGCGGAUAUUUUGGCAAGAAUUGCUUCUGUAGAAGAAGGACUUAUGUUGCUUCUUUAUGGAGAAAAUAUGAACUCUUCUGAAGAAGAAAGUCCUACAGGUGCUCAUAUAAUAGCCAAGUUUUCAAAGAAACUUCUUGAUGAAGAUAUUUCUAUUUUCUCUGGAUCAGAAAUGUUGCCUGUAGUUAAAGGAGCGUUUAUUUCUGUGUGUCGUCAAAUAUAUGCCACAUGUGAAGGCUUGCAGGUGCUGCUUCCGUACGGUUUACAUGAAUCUAUAGCAAAGGCAUGGAAGAAGACAAGCUUGCUAUCGGAAAGGAUCCCCACUCCAGUAGAGGGCUCAGACUCAGUUUCUUCAGUGAGCCAGGAAUCUCCCAACAUUGUGGCUUGGGAAGACAAUUUGCUAGAUGAUUUACUGAACUUUGCUGCCACUCCCAAAGGAUUGCUCCUUCUUCAGAGAACAGGUGCCAUCAAUGAAUGUGUGACGUUUAUGUUCAACCAGUACGCGAAAAAACUGCAGAUAAACAGGCAGAAGAAGUUCGGCUAUGAAGUUUUGGUUGUCCAGGUGGCAUCCACAGCAGCAGGGGCAGUAGCUCUGCAAAAUUCAGGCUUCAUUAGUGCGCUUAUAACUGAGUUGUGGUCCAAUCUUGAAUGUGGAAGAGACGAUGUAAGGGUGACCCAUCCCAGAGCUAUUCCGGUGGAUCCUAUUGACCGAAGCUGUCAAAAGUCCUUCCUAGCUCUGGUGAAUCUGCUGUCCUACCCUGCUGUGUAUGAGCUAACAGGCAAUCAAGAACUUCCCAAUAAGGCCGAAUAUUCUCUUCGUGAAGUUCCAGCAUGUAUUAUUGAUAUAAUUGAUAGGCUUAUCAUUUUGAACUCUGAAGCUAAGAUUCGCUCGUUACUGAAUUAUGAACAAUCACACAUCUUUGGUCUAAGGUUAUUAAGUGUGGUGUGCUGCGAUCUGGAUGCUCUUCUUUUACUGGAGGCUCAGUAUCAAGUAUCCAACAUGUUACUACAUGCUCAGGAAGAAAAUACCUUUGAGACCUCAGAGAACCACAGGGACUUUAUAAUUGAUGGUUUGUCAGUCGAGAGGAAUCAUGUUCUUGUAAGGAUUAAUCUCAUUGGUGGACCCUUGGAGCGGAUUCUACCUCCAAGGAUGCUUGAGAAGGGGGAUGACCCAUAUCCUUGGCCAAUGUUCUCUUCGUAUCCAUUGCCACACUGCUAUUUGUCAGCAGUUCCACGAAGUGCUGAUAUGAAGCAAGACAGUGAUAUCGGAAAACUGUUAUCCUGCUUCAAAAUGUCUGAUAAACAAACUGAGUGGAUAGAAAACUGCCGAAGACAGUUCUGUAAAACAAUGAAGUCCAAGCCGGAUGCAGUCAGUGGAGGUGCUUUAGGAGAACUACUUGAAAAUUUUGUUCUUCAUCUCACCGAAAACCCUUCUGAAUGCUACUUCCCUUCAGUGGAGUACACAGCUACUGAUGCAGAUGUGAGGAAUGAAAGUCUCUCGUCUGUGCAGCAGCUUGGCAUUGACGCGGCUGUCAGGUAUGGCAAGUUUCUCAACUUGUUAAAAGAUGGUGCAGAAAAUGAUCUUGCCUUGGUCUUAAAGCACUGUGAGAGAUUCCUGAAACAACAGCAGUCACCAGUAACUUCUUCUCUUCUGCGCCUGCAAGGGCGCUACACAGGCCAUGACUGGUUUGUGUCUUCGCUGUUCAUCAUAAUGCUGGGGGAUAAAGAGAAGACAUUCCAGUUUCUUCAGCAUUUCUCCAGGCUUCUGACCUCUGCUUUCCUUUGGGUGCCAAGGCUGCAUAUUUCUAGGUACCUUCCUGUUGACACCGUCGAAACUGGCAUCCAUCCCAUAUAUUUCUGCAGCACUCACUACAUUGAAAUGCUGCUGAAGGCUGAGGUGCCUCUUGUGUUUUCAGCUUUCCACAUGUCUGGUUUUGCUCCAUCACAGAUUUGCCUGCAGUGGAUAACUCAGUGUUUUUGGAAUUACUUAGAUUGGAUUGAAAUAUGCCAUUAUAUUGCUACUUGUGUUGUCCUUGGUCCUGAUUAUCAAGUGUAUGUCUGCAUAGCUGUUCUCAAGCAUCUGCAGCGAGACAUUCUUCAACAUACCCAGACUCAAGAUCUGCAAGUCUUUCUCAAGGAAGAAGCACUCCGUGGGUUUCGAGUGAGCAACUACUUUGAAUACAUGGAGACUCUGGAGCAAAACUACCGACCAGUGCUGCUGAGAGACAUGCGCAGUCUGAGGGUGCAGAGCACAUAAAUGACGAGGGCUGCCCUAACUUUAUGUUGUAUUCAUUUUUAAGGGAGACAUGGCGGUGUGAUUGCAUCCUGUCUACAUCGGCAGCAUGUGCUUUGUGUGUCCAGGCAUUGUCAGUCAGUAUCGAGGUUUGGAACACAAUAUAUUCAUGUUGCUCUCGGCUCA